AUGGCUCGGAAGAUGAGUGUCUGUGAGCUGGAGGACCAGCUGCUCUGCCCCAUCUGCCUGGAGCUCUUAAAGGAGCCGCUGAUGCUCCAGUGCGGGCACUCCUUCUGCAAGUCCUGCGUGGGGUCCCUGGUGUGCAACCUGGACCAGCAGCUCCUGUGCCCCGUGUGCCGCCAAGCUGUGGACUGCAGCACCUUGCUGCCCAACGUCACGCUGGCCUGCGUCAUCGACGCGCUGCGGACCCUGGGCGAUUCAGAUCCCAACCAGGAGUCCUGCCCUGUCCACCACAACCCCCUCAGCCUCUUCUGUGAGCAGGACCAAGAGGUGAUCUGUGGGCUGUGCGGCAUCAUUGGGGCUCACCGUCAGCAUAAGAUCAUGCCAGUCUCUACCGUAUACAGCCGGAUGAAGGAGGAGCUGUCAGUGCUAAUAACGGAGGUCCAGCAACACAAGAGGAAGCUGGAUGAACACAUCAGCAAGCUGGUUAACAAUAAAACCCGGAUCGCAAAUGAGUCCGACGUCUUCAAGUGGGUGAUCCGGAAGGAGUUCCAGGAAUUGCACCGAUACAUUGACGAGGAGAAGGCCAGCUUCCUGGGGAGCAUUGAGAGGAAGGCUGGCCACCUCAUUGCCUCCAUUGAGUCCCAGGUCACGCAGACGUCAGACGCCCUGCACAAGCUGCAGGAGAUGGAGAGCUCGCUGGAGAAACUCAACAAUGAAAGUCAGCUGGAUUUCAUCCGGAACUACGGCUCAUUCCCCUCCAGGUCAGAGUUUCUCCCCCAGCACCCGGCUGAAGGGACCUUCAGCGCCAUCUCCUUUAAGCCAGGUUUCCACCAAGAUGACAUCAAGAUGACAGUAUGGAAACGUCUGCUCCGCAGAGUCCUGCCAGCCCCAGAGACGCUGAAGCUGGACCCGGUGACAGGACACCCGCUGCUGGAGCUGACCAAGGACAACACCGUGGUGCAAAGCAAGCUCCUCUACCAGCGCCGGGGCAGCAUCCCUGAGCGCUUUGACUCCAGCAACUGCAUCCUGGCCAACAAGGGCUUCUCCUGGGGCAAGCACUACUGGGAGGUGAUCGUAGGCACCAAGAGCCACUGGCGCCUGGGCAUCAUCAAGGGCACAGCUAGCCGCAAGGGCAAGCUGCACAAGUCUCCCGAGCACGGCGUGUGGCUCAUCGGCCUGAAGGAAGGAAAGGUCUACGAGGCCUUCAACAACCCCCGCACCGUGCUGCCGCUCACGGCCCGGCCCCAGCGCAUCGGCGUCUACCUGCACUACGAGAAGGGCGAGCUGACCUUCUACAACGCCGACAGCCCCGACGAGCUCAUCCCCAUCUACACCUUCCAGGCGGAGUUCCAGGGCAAGCUCUACCCCAUCCUAGACAUGUGCUGGCACGAGCGGGGCACCAACGCCCUGCCCAUUGUGUUGCCCACGCCCGCCAUGAUUCGAGACACACAGGCUCCCGACAGCAGCCUGGACCCACCGGAGCCCACAAAGCUCUAGAUCUCCACCCAGAGCCCCCCACCCUCCCCACCGUUUGGGGAUUGUUAGAGCUCUCUGAGCUGUGCUGCCCAGCUGGGGAGGGCUCUGCCAUUCAAGCCUCAGGGUUGGGAAAACAGGAUCUUUAUCCCUUAAGAGCAGAGAUGGGCAUGAACCAAACCAGCCUCCCACCCCCACUCUCGGAGGAAUUUGGACCUGAUCGCUGCCAUUUGGACCCAUCCCCACGGCUGUUUUCCACCUGUCUCUGCCGCCUAUUCCCCAUCCAGACUCCUGUGUGCGGCACCAUAAUGACUGCUGGGGACUGAUGCCUGCGUCUCAGGCUGAGGGUCAUGCCGGAGCAGCGGGCACAGAGAGAAGUAUCCUGCACCCAUGCACAGGGCCCCAGCUGUGCAGAAUUAGAGAGGAUGAGACAGAAUCCAACCAGCCAAGACAGAAUUGUCUCCGUCAGUGGUCAGAGCUUUGCAUGGAGUGUCAGCUGCUCCUUAAACAAACCUGUUCUCCCUCCCCAACCCGACUGUUCCCCUUAUCACAGUGUACCAAGGCCCACAUGCAUAUGUCCUUGUAUAGCCUCUAGGAUCUCCCAAGUCCACUACUCAACCCAGGCGCCCUUUAGCUCAUGCUUUCAAAUCAAGAGCCCCGAGUUCAUUCCGUCCCAGGUGACCUGACGUGGGGCAUCACUGCACAUCGCUUAGCGGCUGGCUGGCAUUAAACAGCCACCCAGCAUUAGUAUGGGUUGCCUAUGUGCCCUUGCUAGGGAGGCUUUCCCCAAACAUCAGAAAUCCACAGUGGGGCAGAUCCCCCUGUGUGUCUGCAGGGAGUGAAUCUGGUGUGAUGGAUUAGUUAAGUCUGUACAUGUCUAAAUCAAACUACAAACACCAUCUUAUGAAUGCCAUUUUGAGAGUAAACGUAUCUUCACUGUUGUCUUUUUAUCUGCGUCUUGGACUGGGAUUGCUGGAAGUGUUAGCACAUGGCUAACACAGAGCAACAAGAGUGGUUAACCUGGUGGUUCUCCCAUCAAAUGGAAGCACCCUAGGAUAGCAAGCAGCCUACUUCUUAGGGGAACCAGAGCUCCCAGGUGGGCUUGUAAUCAAGUAAUGUAUCAACUGACAGGGACUUGAAGCCACUGAGGAGAGUCACCUGAUGGGGGGCACUGGGACAUUACAAAAGGAAGCCUCUCCCAUCAGCAAUUUCUGAGAGGCUAUCAGGCCCAGAAGGCAAGGCUGUACAGGGAGUGGCAGGUAGGGGAGCGAAGGAAAGGAGGGUCCUGGGACCCUGAAAGGAAUGAUCAAAACCCAAAGAGCUCUGUGAGUGGUGUGAACACUGGGGAAAAAAUUCUGCUU